UUUUGUUUCUGAUCUCUCCUCCAGUAGACGGAGGCGCCGCUGCGGAGAGACCGGCGUCAAUCUGCGCGUGUUUCGUCCGCGGAUGUACCCGGUGCUUGUCAUUGCCUUACCAUCGGAAACUGUUCAAGAGCAUUUACAGCUUCAUUGGUGGAUUCAAUUCGUUUCAUGUCACUGAAGUUCCAGCAGACUCAGAUGAGAUAGGCUCUUUCUCCACCAGAGGCACCGGAGCAUCCGCAGUUCGGUUCGGUUCUGCUCAGCUGAUCUUCCUCCAUUCAGCCGGCGAGGACUCGUACUCUGAGCUCUGACAACUUCAACAACUCCAGGAUGUUGCGUGUCGGCGCCGGUGGGCUGCAGGUUCUAGCGGUUCUGCUGGUGUUUUCAGCAGACUGUGGUGUGACUCAAGCCGAGACUCUGGUGACCGUCCGGAGAGUGACCCAUCCUCCGCUGCGGCAUCCGUUGGCAGAGUCCGCCCUCCUCCCGUGUGUGUUCACCCUUUCGCCCGCCCUCAUCCCGGCCCACGGUCCUUACAUCCACUGGACCCGCGGCUCAGGAGACCAGGAGAGGACGGUGCUGUCGGCCCGGGACGGGGUGGUCAGGGUGCACCAGGCCUACGCAGGUCGGGUCAGUCUGCCUGGUUACUCCGCCAACCAUCUGAACGCAUCAUUGGCUCUCUCUCAGCUCCGCUCCAAUGAUUCCGGGACUUUCCGAUGCCACGUCGCCCUGGGGGACAGUUAUGAGCAGGAUACGGUCAACCUGGAAGUCACAGGUGUGGUGUUUCACUACGGUUCUCCUGCGGAUCGAUAUUCUCUGUCCUAUGCCGAGGCCGUUCGAGCGUGUGAGGAGAAUUCGGCUCAGAUCGCCACGGCCGAGCAGCUGUGGGCUGCGUUUCACUCCAGUAUGAACAGCUGUGCGGCCGGCUGGCUCAAAGACCAGAGCGUCAGGUAUCCCGUACAGACACCGGAGCUCGGUUGCAAUGGACACACUGAGUUUUCUCGUGGGGUGAGGAAUUAUGGGAAACGGGACCCUUCAGAAUUGUUUGACGUGUAUUGUUUCGCCAAUCACAUGCAAGGUGAAGUGUCUGCCGUCUCCGCCCCGGACAGACUGACACGUCUAGAAGCCUCGGCUCACUGCGCGUCUGUCGGCGGUCAGCUGGCCACCGUCGGUCAGCUCUACCUGGCCUGGAGGUCUGGACUGGACUACUGCGAGCCGGGCUGGCUGUCCGACGGGAGCGUGAGGUAUUCUGUCAAGGCGCUGCGGUCAGAGUGUGCCGGCAGAGAAGCAGGUGUCCGAACCGUUCCUCCGGCAGAACUGAGCAACGGAACCGCGCGCUUCGAUGCUUUCUGCUAUCACGCAAAGAAACCGCAGACGGCUCCGACGGGCAUCAUGAAGUCCUUCCUGAGACCGUGGAGGUACAUGACCGGAGACAACAGCUCAGAGCAGACGACAGAAGACGCGUCCCAGUCUCAGUCUUCCACCACCGACGCACAGACUGCCAGCCAGUCGGACCUUCCUGACCUCCAGCCCUCUAACUGGACCGGACAGGUGGAUUUGGACAAAGAGCCGCACAUGGCCGCCGAAGCCCCCGAGCUCUCAGCCGAAUAUCUGACAGUCCGUCUCCGCGCUGGAGACACGUCUCUGGACUGGAGUGGACAGUUGGACUCGUUCCCAGACAGCGAACAGGUGGUUUCUGCUCCGGGGUCAGAUCUGAGUCCUGGCGGAUCGGCCACAGAGGAAGAGGAUGAGGAUGAAGGUCUGUCCGGUCAGUCCGUCAGUCCUACAGCUCCUCAAGGAAAGGGCAAGAGUUCCCUCACCAACAUCGUCAGCUCAUUAUGGAAACCCUGGAGCUACUUGACAGGAAGUGAGGCGGAGGCGACAACCAAGAGUGCGGCUGCUAUGGAGACGACCGUGAUGGACACAAAACCCACUGCAACUCCUGGAUCAGGGUUGAUGUCAUGGUGGAGUCGCUCAUGGCUGUCUGGUCCUUCAUCCGUCACUGAUAAAUAUAGCACAUCCUUUCCAUCCACAAGUUCAGACGUACCAACAUCAAUCUUGCCAAAAAGCACGGUUGACAUCCGCACGGGUCAACCAACACAGAGCGGUCCGGUGACUGCAGGAGAUUGGGUCGAGGUGACCGAAAUACCUGAGCAGAAAUCCAAAACCUCCGAACCCAGAGUCUCCGUAUCAACUGAGAGCUACUCUGGAGAGAGCAAAGUCCUGGAGAUGGAGGGCAGCUCGUGGGGAGACACGUACACGUCGUCCCAGACGCCGCUGAUGUCGAGCACCGGUUCCCUCGCCACCACCGCUCACGGCCAUGAGGCUCGUGGAGAAAUCCAGUACAGACGCAGGAACAAACCCAAGAGACUCAACCCAAGCACCACUGAGAUGACCACAACCAUCGUCCAGAGCACAGCCACACCCUCUGCUGUGUCUUACAGUACUGGAAACAGUGGAUUGACCAUCUCCACAUCUAGAGAUGAGUCGACCAUCUCCACAUCUACAGACGAGUCUCAGACGCCAAGCUUUGGAACGACGGUAACCAGCAGCGUGGAGCCGGAUCUGAGCAGCACCGAGGCCGUCGGGAAGAACCACUCCAUCGGUGAAGAAGAGGACGACAGAUGCAGCUGUCUGCACGGAGGGACGUGUCUUCCUCACGGAGAGGGUUUCCGCUGCUUCUGUCCGCAGGGAUAUGCAGGAGAGAGCUGUGAAAUCGAUGUUGACGACUGUCAGUCGAAUCCCUGUGAGAACGGCGGCACCUGUAUCGAUAAAGAGGACUCGUUUGUGUGUCUCUGUUUGCCCAGCUACAGCGGAGACCGAUGUGAGAGAGACACAGAGGGCUGUGAACACGGCUGGAAGAAGUUUCACGGCCACUGCUACCGUCUGUUUCCACACAGACACACCUGGGAGGAGGCAGAGAAGGACUGCAGGGAACACAGCAGUCACCUGACCAGCAUCACUUCCUCCAUGGAGCAGGACUUCCUUAACGGUCUGGGUCAUGAGAACGCUUGGAUCGGUUUAAAUGAUCGUACAGUUGAAGAGGAUUUCCAGUGGACUGAUGCAAUGGACGUUGUGUACGAGAACUGGCGGGAGAAUCAGCCGGAUAAUUUCUUCGCGGGCGGAGAGGAUUGUGUGGUGAUGGUCACUAGAGAGGACGGCAAAUGGAACGAUGUGCCCUGCAACUACAAUCUACCCUACAUCUGCAAGAAGGGAACAGUCAUGUGUGGCACUCCUCCGGCCGUAGACAACGCCUAUCUAGUGGGCCGCAGACGCUCGCACUACGACAUCCACGCUGUGGUGCGGUACCAGUGCGCCGACGGCUUCUUUCAGCGCCACAUACCGACUGUCCGCUGCCACCCCAAUGGAACCUGGGAAAGACCCAAGAUCAUCUGCACUAAAUCACGGCGAUCUCACCGUUACCGUCGGCAACACCACAGAUCUCGGCGUGACCAUCGAAGACACCGGAGACACGGAUCCGGGCACAGGGGGCGGGAUUAGGCCACGAGGGCGGAGCUAAACAACAGGGGUCAUCACCUCUGACCCCGUGACAUCUGUUCCGGUGUUUCCCUGUCAGAGGAAACGCAACAGACGGAAAGGACAGAAACUAUCACUCCUCCUCUUCUCGUUUACCUUUCUUUUAGUUCAUUUAGGUUUCAUUAACCCGCUGUUCACAUCUUCAACUCGACGUAACGUUAUUUCAUGUGUACUGGAGGGUAUUCGACGCAGACAGUCAGUCAUGUGGGCGAAACAAACGCCUCCUUCUGCUCUUGAUCUUUUGGGAUAGUUGUAUUAAUUUGUUUAGGCAGCAGGUGAAGGUUUUAGUAGCUCAUGUUCAUAGAUUUUUUUGGGAUUUAAUGCUUUAAUGAAAUACUGAACGUCCCCAAAAUGAAAGAAGUUCACCCUUCAUAAAUAAGACGCUCUUCAAGCCUUGUUCCUUCAGUCUAACAUCUUUGUAUCUUUUACUUCGUUUCGAGUGUUUGCUGAUGAUUUGAUUUAUAUUUCAAUCUUUAACUCUUGUGAAAUGUUGGAGUAGAAUCGUAGGUAUGUUCUGUCAUGUUUAGUCUCAUGAAGAAAAGCAACAUCCAAUUCACGUUUCGCCACUAAAUGAAAAGAAAUUACAUUUUGCAUAAAGAACAUGAAGCCUUUUUUUUAAACUGGUAAGAUUUUUUUGCAUUGUGACAAUUACAGUGAAUUUCCCAUCAAAUUAAAAAUCCAAACGUUAAAAAAAUCACAAUUCCAAAAAUCUUUUUAUUUUUUAAUGCAAAAUGUAAUUUCUCAUUUCUUUCUUUUUGAUGUUGGGGUGAAAUAUGACCAAAACUCAACAUGAAUCGGUUCAUUUAUCUUCUCGCACAGAUUGUGAUGAAGCAUCUGAAAGCUUUGAAAUGUUUCCCACAUCACAGGGAUGAUUGACAGGUGUCGGUUUACACAUCAAACUCUCAUCUCUGUGUUCAGAGUGAUUUUGAAGUCAAUCAUUUCUGUCUAGAAUUUGAGUGUUUGAAGAGAAACAAACGCAGGCACAUUGAAUCCUCAAGGAGGCGAUAAAGUUUCAUUCAAAUGUCAGUAUCAUUAAACCGGUCGUGUUGUCAUUCAGGUUAUCUCAAAACGAUCAAUAAAUUGACCUGAAAGAGAAAACUGAGCCUAGAAGGAAGUUUAUGCAUGAACACAUACUGACAUACUUGAAAUGCACCAAUGUGAGGAAAAUGGAGUUUGCGUUAGUGUUCACAUACUUUAUCAGGAUUCACUCUUCACUCCCUUGUAUGACAGUUUAUUCUCACCCUGCUGAAGCACGUGUGACUGGCAUGUUCAGACGGACUCAUUUGACAUGCCUGUUGCUUGGUAACAUGUUGACAUGUUUCUCUGUGUCCUUUGUGUUUGUGUGUGUGUGUAUGUGUGUGAGCUAGAGAGAAUGGAAGUGUGUGUGUGUGUGUGUGCUAUUUGAGAUAACAGCAUGCGUUUGUGUGUGUUUUUUGUUUGUGCAGUUUUCAGUGUUUUUUAUGGUACAGAUGACACUCAUUAAUUAGUUCACAAAUCACAAAGUAUUUUUGUCUUUUUCCAGGACCUAAGUAUCUCUUUUUCAAUGAUCUAAACAUUUUUAAAUCAAGACACAUUUACUAAGAUAAUAAUUCUUCUUUUUCCCAAAAAAAAUUAAUAAAAAAUAAUGCUUAAAACAAGAAAAAUAUCAGUAACACUUUACUUUAAGCCUUUAUGUAUAAUGCAAUUUAAAGGUAUUCAUAAUGCAUUAUAUAUUAUGCAUCUUUUCAUAAAUAAUUGUAACCAAAGAUAAAAUUCAUUCCUUGUUCCAUCUGAAAUUGGUUGUUUGUCAUGUUUUAAUGCAUUAUACUUUCUAAAGGUGUAUUUUAACUGGUUAUAAUUAUGAUACAAGGCAUAAUUAAUGCAUUAAAAAUACUAUUAUAAUACAUUAUAUGUAAAGGCUUUAAGUAAAGUGUUACCAAAAUAUCUGUCAAUGUCGUCAGAAAAAUAAACGUAUUUUCCCUUUGAAUUAAGUUAAUCAUAAACUCACUUAAUUUUGUCUUAAUAUCUUCAGUCAUUUUGUUUCUAAAGUAAAUGUAUCUUGAUUUAAGAAUGUUUACAUAUUUGUAUUGGAAAACAAAACAAAAAUACAAAGUAAGAAAUGUUUUUUGCAGGUCAGGAUCUGUUCCUAAACCUAGUGAGCUACUAAGACAACUCCCAGAAUGCAUUGGCUCAAUGAAAUAGAGUCCAGUUUGUGGGAUGAAGCUACUAGCAUUUAAUUCCGUGGUGGGAAAUAUUGAUACAACGUUUAUUCUAAUUAAUGCAUUAUUUUACACAUAUUUGUGUGUUGUCAUUUUUAUUAAAAGACAGUAUUAUUAAAGUGCGCUUUGUGUGGGUUUGACACACCAAAGUGCUUCCGAAGGAUGCAGCCUCUGUAGGGAGCACUAGGUUUUGGAGCAGAUGUGUUGUAUUUGACAACAAUAACCCAUGUGAAUCUGGAUCUGUUUUCUUUUCCUCUCAGUUUGCUCUGUGUGUUUAUUCAUAACAUGUAGCCUAUUCUUUAGUGAACAUGAUGACAAAUAAUCCGUAUCACACUAGAGUCCUUCAGCUCACUCCUCUGUUUGAUCCGAGCUUAUUCUUCUGUAUAUAAAUUGGAUGAAGUUUGUAUUCUGUUGUUUUCACUCAUUUAUUCCUUAAUGAUGCUCAUGUUUUUUAUUCUAUCGUCUGAUCACAUGUAAUCACCCUCUUCAGUAGUUUUUGCAGAACUGACAUGGAAACGUGUGUUUCACACGAUAACAACACAAGCGUAUGUUUCAGCAGCUCUUCAUGAAAUUCGGCACAAGAAUCGCUCAGAUGAAUCUGGUUUCUGAAGUCAAACCUUGAUGUUUUUAUGGCUUCACUUCUCGUUUGUUGAUGUGUUUUGUUCUUUAUUAAACUCGAAACAAACCAACAAUAAAUCUGAUUGGAUCAAAA